AUAAUUAUGUUUUUUUGGUAUAAAACCGAAUAAACCAAAAACCGACGGUAUAUAAACCGAACCGAACCGAAGUAAAUAUGGAUUUAGAAUGGUAGUUAUUUUUUACUAACCGAAAUACCGAAAACCGAAAAAAACCGAACCGAAACCGAACCGAUAUCCGGAUUGAACACCUCUAGCUGCAAGCCUCCAACUGCUUAAACAAGUCCAUGUCUAGUAAACUUUCACAUGUCUUUGAAUAUUUUGUUAGAAAUGGGAUUGUUAAGUUAUGGUAUGUUGAAAUAUAUUGGGUAUAUUCAGUAUUUAUACGAUAGGAAACUAUAUUUUCAAUCUCAAUUAAUUAUGGAAAUUUGGCAAUGACUAGACAAACUAAUCAUUGUUUUCAUAGACAAGAGACAAAACAUUGCAAGGAAAACAAAAAAGAAUUCUCCAAGUUACUACAUUUCAUAUAUUUAAAAUAUUAAGAAAAAUGAAAAAAAAUUAUGUUGCUACCACUAUUGGUUGAAUGUCCACAUAAAACCAUAUACUAAAAGUUUUAUAUUAUUUUAAAAAAAAACAAAAAAAAUAUUUUAAUUAAACAUUUAAAUGAAAAGAGGCAUGCAUUUAGAACGGUCUAUAAAAAUAGGAACCUGUAUCAGUGUGUCAGUGAUCUCCCUCCCCAAUCGAAUAUUCUACCGAUCGCUUUACUUUCCCAAAUUCAAAAAUUUCCCGGAAAAUUUGUAAAGAAUCGUUACUUUCCCGAUUCAUUUCCCCAGUGAUAACCUAAGAUCUUCAUCGUAUUCAACCUUUCGUACAUAAAAACCAGAGCAUUAGCUUUUUCAAUCAUCACACGGUAACAAAACAAACAAAACAUGACAAAGAAGCAGCUGGAUGACGUGGAGGCGGAGAAAGCGGAAGCGAUGAGGAGAUACAACAACCAGAAACGUCUCAGGAACAUCGUACGAGCAGCCGCCCUAUCUUUCUUCUGCUACUUGUGGUUUCCCACGCUACAAGCUGCCUGCGAUUGGUUUAACCGAACCGGACCGGUUAUUAAUUUAACCAACCGCGCGCUCGUUUUCUUCUUCGUUAACGUACUCGUCGGUUCCAUCUUCCUUCUAUCUCGCGAUCACGGCGAGGAAGAGAGUGGGAGUGUUAGGACCAACGAGCCAGAUCUAUACGAUCAGUACACCUCCUUCUCCGCCGUAACCGUAGCCGUAACCGCCUCCGAUGAUGAUGAUUCGAAAAAGAAAAUCGUUCCGACGUUUAUCACGGAGGUCCACGAGGAGGUGGUUGCGGAGAAGCAAAUCGUUUCGGCGGAGGAGGUGGUGGUUGUAGAGGCGGUUACAACGGAGAAUAAGGCUAUCCGGCCGGCGACGGAGUUUAGGAGGACUGAGUCGGAGAGGAAGAAGGAGAAUAAGAGUCAGGUGACGAAGAUUCGGAGGACUGAGUCGGCGAACUCGGCGAUCGAUAGGUUGAACAGCGAGGAGUUUCGUUUGAAGGUGGAGGCGUUUAUAAUGGAGAAGAAGAGAUGUCUUGUUCAGGAGGAAAACGACGUCGUUGGAUGGCUAGAAGAUGGUUCUUCUGGACUUGAGCUCGUUGGUGCUGACUCUAUCUAAAGUAGACGUGCAGUAAUGUGAUGUAAUAACCUCAAUUGACUGAGAAAAAAGUUGUUCUCUUUUUAGUCACGAAAUGGAUGGCCACUUAUAAUGUAGUUCUCUCUUAUAUUAAAACUAAUACUACCCUUCAAUGGUAUUUAUAAUGAACCUAAUAACGUAGCUACCAAUCAAUGUUAUCUUUGUACGAAACGACCAACUCGUAAUCUUGUGAACUUA